GCCGCUGCCGCCGCCGCCGCCGCCGCGCCGCGGCUUGAGGGCGGGAGGCUGGGGGAGGGUAGCGGAGCCGGCGCCGCCGCCAUGUUGGGUCUGAGGCGGCUGCUGUAGGCACCGACGGAGCGAGCGGGCGUGCGGAGCGGCAACCGCGGCGUGGGAUCUGCCUGUCUGCAAGCGGCCGGGAACGGCGGCGGCGGCGGCGCCAUGAGCGGGGGCACCCCUUACAUCGGCAGCAAGAUCAGCCUCAUCUCCAAGGCGGAGAUCCGCUACGAGGGCAUCCUCUACACCAUCGACACCGAGAACUCCACCGUAGCCCUCGCCAAAGUUCGGUCCUUUGGUACAGAAGACAGACCGACAGAUCGUCCAAUACCACCUCGAGAUGAAGUCUUUGAAUACAUUAUAUUCCGAGGAAGUGAUAUUAAAGACCUCACUGUUUGUGAGCCUCCAAAACCACAAUGUUCUUUGCCUCAGGACCCAGCUAUCGUUCAGUCUUCACUAGGCUCAUCUACUUCUUCAUUCCAGUCAGUGGGUUCCUAUGGACCUUUUGGCAGGAUGUCGACAUACAGUCAGUUCAGUCCAAGUUCAUUAGUCGGGCAGCAGUUUGGUACUGUUGGUGUUGCUGGAAGCUCCUUGACAUCCUUUGGAACAGAAACAUCCAACAGCGGUACCCUAUCCCAAAGUAGUGCUGUUGGUUCUGCCUUUACACAGGAGACAAGACCUCUAAAAACACAGUUAUCUCAAGGUCGUUCAAGCCCUCAGUUAGACCCUUUGAGAAAAAGCCCAACCAUGGAACAAGCAGUGCAGACCGCCUCGGCCCACUUACCUGCUCCAGCACCUGUUGGGAGAAGGAGCCCUGUAUCAACCAGGCCUUUACCAUCUACCAGCCAAAAAGCAAUAGAGAAUCAAGAGCACAGGCGAGCUGAAGUACACAAAGUUUCAAGACCAGAAAAUGAGCAACUCAGAAAUGAUAGCAAGAGACAAAUAGUUCCAGGUGCUCCUUCAGCUCCAAGGAGAGGGCGUGGGGGUCAUCGAGGUGGCAGAGGAAGAUUUGGUAUUCGACGAGAUGGCCCUAUGAAAUUUGAGAAAGACUUUGACUUUGAAAGUGCAAAUGCACAAUUUAACAAGGAGGAAAUCGACAGAGAGUUUCAUAAUAAACUCAAAUUGAAAGAAGAUAAACUCGAGAAACAGGAGAAACCUGUAAAUGGUGAAGAUAAAGGAGACUCAGGAGUUGAUACCCAAAACAGUGAAGGAAAUGCAGAUGAAGAAGACCCACUUGGACCUAAUUGCUAUUAUGACAAAACUAAAUCAUUCUUUGAUAAUAUUUCUUGCGAUGAUAAUAGAGAACGAAGACCAACCUGGGCUGAAGAAAGAAGACUGAAUGCUGAGACAUUUGGAAUCCCACUUCGUCCAAACCGUGGCCGGGGCGGAUACAGAGGCAGAGGAGGUCUUGGUUUCCGUGGUGGCCGAGGGCGUGGUGGUGGCAGAGGUGGCACCUUCACCAGCCCUCGGGGAUAUCGGGGCGGAUUCAGAGGCCGUGGGGGCAGGGAAUUUGCAGAUUUUGAAUAUCGGAUUACCAAGUAUGCUUUAAUACCAAAAGAGUCUCGAAGGGACAACUUCAGAAUGGAAAGCAAACCGGGAGGAGAUCAGGCCAGGAUAAUAAGAGGGCAACCAGCUCCUAUUUUAUAUGGUGCUGCUAAGAGGUUAAGCCACCAGGGUGGAAAGACAACAAAGUUUCUGCGUAGUCUACAAACAAGUCUUUGAAAAUAGGUGAAUUUCUAGCUUUUCAUGGUCCUGAGAAUUGCUUUCAGUCUUUACCAAGAAAGAAGAAGUGAAUUCGCUGUAUAUUUGUCACCAGCACUGGGUUUUUUUGUUUGUUUGUUUUUCUGCUUAAUUUCAAAGAUACAAUGCAGUUAUAUUGGGGGUGGGGGGAUGGCUCAUCUUCAAAAAUGAGCAUUAAAUAUAUUUGGAAUAGCAGAAGGUUAAGUAAUUUCUUAUGUAUAGUUAAAGUAAAGCAGUAAGUACUUCAAUGAGACUUAUAAGUAUUUUUUCAUCACUGAGAGGAUUUUUCUUAUCACUAAAUUGUAUUUGGCAAUUAUUGUAAGUUGCCUGCAGAUAGGGCCGUGAUACUGUGUUUUGAGCCACAGGAGAGGGUGUGUGUGUGUGUGUGUGUGUGUGUGUGUCUGUCUGUCUGUCUGUCUGUCUGUCUCUCUCACCCUUUCUUUCUUUUUGGAAAUCCUGUAAUAUCCCUUUUGAGGUAGCUUAUUUCGUUAGUUAGGAUGCUGGAUGUUAGAGAAUUUUGUCAGUCAACUAUGUAUACACAGUAAAUACUGUUUCUUAGGCAAAGGUAACUUUUUUAUAUAGUUGUAAAAUUCCAUUAUAUUCCAUUGCCAAAGAAACAUUAAGAACUUUGUAUAGCUGUAUAAAAAGCAACUAAUUUUUUAAAGAAUAAACAUUUUAAAGUCAGCAAACAUACUGUGUCCUUGCAGAAGUUGAUGUGCUAAGGAGCAGAGCUAUGGGUGGGUCUUUUAUUCAUAGCUUUCCAGGGUUCAGAUUUUUUUUUUUUAAUGUCUGGAACACAGAUGAAGAUUUGAUACAUUCUUUCAUUAUCUAAAAAGGAUAAAUUACUCAUGCUCAUUAUAAGAACUUCAUUUUGUAGUAUAUGGCAUAUCACAGGAUUUGUCCAAAUAAUAUUUUCAGUAUAUAAAUGUAAAUGAUCAUAGAUAAGAAUGUACUUAGCUGUAUUUUCAAAUAAGUUACACCCCCCACCCCCCGCCCUUUAAGACUUAAAACUAGGCAUCAGUUAACCCGUUCUCUCUGAUAUGCCUAGAAUUUUGUAGUGAUAAGUUGACUCAUUCCAUUAUAUUUCAGGAGGAUUCAGAGUGUUAGAAAUUAUUUUGGUAACCUAUGAGAUAACACUGGUCCUUGGGCCUGUGACCCACAGGUGACUGAGUAUAGAGUUCAUUGCUAAUUAUAAAUUACUAGUAAAUCUUUUUGAUAUUUUAAGCUAUAGUGAAAAAAAAGUCUGGCCACUUUUGUGUUUUUAUGAAGGCCAUGGAAUAAAGGGAUCCAAAGAUUUAAGUAUUUUUAUCUCUUGAUUUUUGUUAACUUUCUCCUUAAACUAUUCAGUAGUGAUAAAGAUAUGGAAAGCUGCACUGUGGGAGAAUUGGAAUAUUUAAAGAUGGUUGAUAUUUCUAAUUUUAAUUUUAUAUCUUUUGUAUAGCUCUACAAGAAAAUGUUUUGUAAUUUGGUUUCAUUCAUUUCAGUACUGGGCAGCCAUAAUUUAGAUAAUAUUGUUUAAUACUCUUUGCUUGCAUGUUAACCAAACCUUUUAGAGGACACACAAAUCAUGAUGCUCAACACAUUUCUGAGCCAUUCUGAACAUCAAAGCAAGUGAUAUGACUAUUCCUGUGUAGACUGUUUGAGAUGUCCUGGGCUGAUUUCAAGAAGAAAAACUGUAAAUACUAGUUCUACAUGCUCUGAAAGUAUGAAUUCACGCAUUUCCCGAGCCCUCUGGGUCACAUGACUUAGGGCAUUUGGUGCCCCAAUACUAACUGGCAGCAUGGCAUACCUGCAGUGCACCUUACAAUAUUAAAGCAAGGUUUUUAUUCUGGGAGAGAAUAAAACACUUCAAUAAAAAAUGUUCGUCAAA